AUGGCUGAGGGCAAGCGCUCGCUCAAGGACUGCGCCAACUCGGACGCCUCGCGACAACUGCAGGAGCGCGCCGUGGCCCGUCGUGCAGCCAAGGCCGAAAGCAUCCGAGACGAACGCCGCCAACGUCGUCUGAACACUGCCACGACUCUCGCCACGAGCCACAAGUCCAACCUCACGGGCCUCACCGCCGCCACCGACCCAAGCGAGCUCUUCGGCGGCGACGUCAAGUGCAUCCUCGAGCCAGAGGUCACCCAGGGCCCGUACUACGUCAACGGCGAGCUCGUGCGCUCCGACAUCCGCGAGGGCCAGAAGGGCGUCGACCUGUACGCCGAGAUCCAGAUCAUCGACUUCAACACGUGCGAGCCCGUGGAGGGUCUGUACCUCGACUUCUGGCACUGCAACGCCACGGGCGUGUACUCGGCAUCCAAUGUGGACAAGACCUUCUCGCGCGGCCUCCAAACUACGGACAAGGACGGCGUCGCGUCCUACACGACCAUCUUCCCGGGCCACUACACGUCGCGCGCCACGCACAUGCACAUCAUCGGUACGUACAACGGCACGCUGCUCGAGAACAACACGUACUCGGGCGGCUACGCGUCGUACGAUCUCAUCACCGAGGUGGAGCUCACGGCGCCCUACAGUUCCAACACGCAGGAGCUCACCACGAACGCUGACGACAUGAUCCUGUCGCAGGAGGCGGGCGGAGACUUCGACCCAGUCAUGGAGUACGUUCUGCUGGGUGAUUUGGUGUCGGACGGCGUGCUGGCCUGGAUCUCCGUUGGCGCCGAGUCGAACGGCAUGGGGUUCCCCAGUGGCUUUGGCAGUGGCUUCGGAGGAGGCCCCAAGCCGGCCGCUGGGUCGAGCACGGGCGCUUUCUGA